CAUAUUUUGGUACAGCGUUAGGAAGUGCGGAAGAAGGACGAAGACCGAAACCCAGACAGAUUCACUGGCAAGUUUUAGUAGACUAAGUUUUUUUACACCUCCGCGGACUAACCGUGAGGAUUUCAUCGUGUAGCUGUUCAUACCGAAGAGUCGCCUCGAGAUGCCGAGCAUGGAAAAAAAUCUCUUCAAUUUAAAGUUCGCUGCCAAAGAACUCCAAAGAAAUGCCAAGAAAUGUGAUAAAGAGGAAAAAAUAGAGAAGUCUAAAGUCAAGAAAGCCAUUCAGAAGGGGAAUAUGGAAGUGGCAAGGAUCCAUGCAGAAAACGCCAUCAGACAGAAGAACCAGUCUGUGAACUUCCUGAGGAUGAGCGCUCGGGUCGAUGCAGUGGCAGCAAGGGUCCAAACUGCAGUUACAAUGAACCAGGUCACAAAAUCUAUGGCUGGAGUGGUGAAAGGCAUGGAUGCCACUCUGAAGAGUAUGAAUCUGGAAAAGAUUUCAGCCCUCAUGGACAAAUUUGAACACCAGUUUGAAACCCUGGAUGUUCAGACAGCCCAUAUGGAGGACACCAUGAGCAGCACAACAACCCUCACAACACCACAGAAUCAAGUGGACUCGUUGCUGCAUGAAAUGGCUGAUGAAGCAGGAUUGGACCUGAACAUGGAGCUCCCUCAGGGCCAGACGGGAUCAGUGGGUACCAGCGUGGCCUCUGCAGAACAGGAUGAAUUGUCUCAAAGGCUCGCCAAACUCAGAGAUCAAGUGUAAAGGAUGGCUGCAGAGUUUUAGGAUGCCUGUACACUACCUGAAUCUUACUCGACGCCUUUUCUCCUCAUUACAACUCACCUGUCUCUGUUGAGGAGCUACUGUUUUGUUUUCUGCAGAUAAUGGCCCUUGUUGGUUCUGUGUUUUUAGUAUCUUUGGAUACCUUUUCUGUAAACUAACAGAGAUGCUGGUUGUAGAAAAUGUAUGUAUUUCUGAAAUAUACAUAUUUACCCAUGAGAAAUGUGUAAUGUAAUGCAAUUGUUUCAUAUGUAUACUUAAGAACUCAAUGCAUUUUUUAUUUUAAAUAUGGAGCAUCACAGUUAUUACCUUCUAUUUAUUGGCCAAUUUCAAAUACUCAUAGUGAAGAAUAAGUUUAAGGUUUUGGACUAGAAUUACAUUUUUGGUUCAUACGUGCAUGAUUGCAGAAAACAUUGGGGUUUUUUUUCUUGGUGUCAGAAUGUAAAAGACCUUCCCCACCUUAAUGUUGAAUUGACUUCCUGUGUUGAUUUGUUGUAUUUUCCUCCUGACAAAUAUUUUAAGAAGAUACCGGAUGUUUUGCGUCUGUUGGUCUGGUCAUCUUCAGUAUUUUCACUGAUCAUUUGGGAAGGGGUUACUGUCUGGAGAUUGCAUACAGAAAGUAAACAAUAAAGUUUUAUAAUACUUUUA